AUGAAGUUCUCGGCUGGGCUCACUCUCUCGGCGGCCAGCUAUGCAGCGGCAUGGCCUAUGGUUGCGGAAAUGAACGCAAAGAUGCUGGAAGCUGAACUAGUCAAGCGCGAAGAACCACCACCACGAGCACCCGCCUUCGUCAUCGAUCGCCCGAACACUGGACUGCCACCCAGGCCAUUCGACGCAGAAGAUCAGUUUGUCGACGUUCGGCCAGGGAGUGGACAUGAAUGGGCUGCUCCAGGACCUGGCGAUAUUCGCGGCCAAUGCCCUGGACUUAAUGCCGCAGCCAACCAUGGAUUCCUGAACCGUAACGGAAUCUCGACCAUCACGCAAGCUAUUGAUGGCCUUGGCGCGGCCUAUGCUAUGGCACCGACGCUGUCUGCCUUCCUGGCAAUUGUCGCCGUCGGAUUGGGUGGAGACCCAAUCACGCAGCGAUGGUCGAUUGGCGGUUCUUUCGCGCCAUCGCUACCGCUCUUCCCAGCACGGGGUAUUGCGGGCACGCACAACAAGUAUGAGGGCGACGCAUCGAUCAUGCGAGGCGAUGCGUACCUGAACGGCGGCAACGUCGGAGUACUAGAGCUCCGCCGAUUCGAGCACAUGUGGAACCUUGGCGAGACCUUUGGCUUCGCUGAAGCUGCUGCGCAAUCCGACUACAACACCCGCUGGUCCAUCAUGAACAACCCAUACUACUUCUCCGCACCAUUCUCCGGCUUGAUUGCCCCAGCCGCACACAACUUGGUAAUAAACUUGAUGUCGAACCACAGCGCCGAAGUACCAGGCGGCACUCUUACCCGCGAAGUCUUGAAGUCUUUCUUCUCCGUCACUGGCGAUGCUCCCGGCUCGUUCACCUGGGUAAAAGGCCACGAUAGGAUCCCAGAGAACUGGUAUCGCCGCAACUCAGCCGAUGGGCACACCAUCGCCGAGGCGGUUGUCGACGUGAACAUCAACAACCUGGCCUACCCUGGCACCAUCCGAUUCGGCGGUAACACGGGCACAGUCAACUCAUUCGCCGGCGUCGACUUGCAGGACAUUACCGGUGGAGCCUUUAACCUUGCCGACUUGGCCGAUGGUAACAACGGUGCAUGUUUCCUCUUGCAAGCUUCUUUGGCAGGUUUCCCUGACGCUUUUGACCCGGCUCUUGGUCUGUUGGGAAGCGUUCUCGGGUGGGCUACACAGCAAUUGGGACCAAUUGGUCAGAACCUCGGGUGCCCGCAACUCAACAUGUUCAACAACAACCUCUUCGACUCUUUCCUAGGUGCUUCCUACACCGGAAAUGGCCAAGGGCAGUAA